GACCAGCAAACUCGAUCGCGACUCCGCGAAUUUGACGAGUUUCAAGCGGACUUGCUGCGUGCUGCAUUCACCGCCGAGAUCACUUCCCUUGGGUAUGCAAUCCGACAAGGCGACUUUGACGGAGUUGUGGCACGCUCGGCCGCAGUUGUGGAGUGCAUGGGGGCUCAGAUAGCUGUCAGCAUGCCUACCGUCGAGCGAGGGCGAGUUGAAGUAAUUGCGAGGUAUACCGCACAACAUCUAAGAGCAGCUUCAACGCAGAUGGCGUUG